AUCUAUCAUGAUCAGAUCUUGUCUCAAUCUUGGGCAUAGUCUCAUGUCAACGAUGUUAAAUAUUCUAAAGCUUAUAUUAUUGUUUAUGUUUAUAGUAACAAAGUCAAUAACCUUUGGCUGAGACUAAUACGCAGGAAACGAAAAAAAAGCUGGACGUGCAAAUCAUGACUCAGUGUAGCUACCAUAAGCUACCAAACGUGCGGUCCAUGCUUACUCUCUGUGACUCUGUAUAAGUCGAAAAAUACAAUGGUGGCUGCAGUUCUUAUGCCAAUGGUCAGUUUCAGAGACGAAAGUUCUCGUGAAAAUUGGCAAGUUAUAAGCAGAAACGAUUCGAAGAAGAAGAUUCUGGUCAAGCAAACGAGUAUGUUGCAAUCCGAAAGAGAGAUAUCGAUGGAUCCAAAAUCAAUCAGGUCAUUGUCUUUUUCAGGUUCGUUGAGAAGGAAUGAUAGCUUCGAUAUGAUUCGUUUACCGGCGAUGUCACCUCCUAGAGACUUAGAUGCGCCUAUGGCUAUUCCUUUGCAGCCAGUGCAGACUAAGUUUGUGAGCCGUAGCCACCCAAACUCAACCUUUGCAUCUCCUAGAAAACGUUCAGGUCUCAUGCGGGCGCUCAGAAACAAGGAACAAGACAGCCUCCCAAACUCAACCUCUGCAUCUCCUAGAAAACGUUCAGGUCUCAUGCGGGCGCUCAGAAACAAGGAACAAGACAGCCUCUCAAACUCAACCUCUGCUUCUCCUAAACAACGUUCAGGUCUCAUGCGGGCGCUCAGAAACAAGGAACAAGACAGCCUCUCAAACUCAACCUCUGCUUCUCCUAAACAACGUUCAGGUCUCAUGCGGGCGCUCAGAAACAAGGAACAAGACAGCCUCUCAAACUCAACCUCUGCUUCUCCUAAACAACGUUCAGGUCUCAUGCGGGCGCUCAGAAACAAGGAACAAGACAGCCUCUCAAACUCAACCUCUGCUUCUCCUAAACAACGUUCAGGUCUCAUGCGGGCGCUCAGAAACAAGGAACAAGACAGCCUCCCAAACUCAACCUCUGCUUCUCCUAAACAACGUUCAGGUCUCAUGCGGGCGCUCAGAAACAAGGAACAAGACUCGUCUUCGGCGUCAUACAAGAGAAGCAAAUCUUGUGGGUCUACUAGUAAGAGACUCUCUCUUAAGAGCAGCGGAAUCAGAAAUUCUGUCUUCAUUAAAACCGAAUCUAACAAGAGCAUCAGCAAUAAUAAUACAUUAGAAGACGGAUUCAGAUGCAACGCUCUGUGUUUAUACCUCCCCGGUUUCAGUAAAGAAAAACCGAUCAAAUCAUCACGGAAAGAUGAUUCUUCUUCCUUCACCCGAACCACCACGAUGACGAGAUCAUCAUCAUCGACCAUUACCGUUUCAAGAACAGUCUCCGUCAGAGAAUCCACCACCACUACCACAGUGAUCUCAGCUCGGGCUUCAAUGGAGAAAUUCGAUUGCGGCUCAUACACUUCGGAAGCCGUCGGAGAAGAAGGAGGAAAUCACUUCUUUGACUUACCGUCCGAGCUAAUCAAAACCGGUUCAGGUGAUAACGACCAUGAUGAACCGGUUUCAGCGGCUUUCGUGUUCGACAAGGAACCUGUUGAGAAAGAGAUCAAAGGGGUUUUAAAGGUUUCUGGUUCGAGCAACAGAAAAUCGAUGGAGUCUUCUUCACUGCGUCAGGUUAGAUUCUCCACGUCAUCGCCGGUUUCAUACCCAACGUCUCCGGCAAUCUCUCCACGGUUGUUAGAAGCCACCAAGAAUUUCAAUGCUUUCUUGGAAGCUCAAGCCGUUUAAAUGAUGAUGGAGCCUUAACUACAAUAUAAAAUAUAAGCUAUAAUAUCCCAAAGUCUUGUUAAAUAUUUUUCUUUGGGAAAUUAAAUAUCGUUUUUCACCUCUAAGAAAACUAACAUUUUUACUCCAUAUUGUUAAUACUUUUCAAUAAUGGAUGUGGUAUACUUUCCUA